CUUUCCAAGAAGCUUUCUUCGUGCAAGAUGGAGACUAAUAAUUAACCUUCCGGACGUUCAUAAAUUCUCCUAGUCUUCCAUCGCCUUACAAAGUUCAUGCCAAGUCCCAACUUUAAAAGUGGACAGACGAAGCUAUCCAAGCAUGACUAGUGCGCACGCCAUCCGCGCCAAUGCAGAAUCAGUUACAUCUACCAGAAUCAAGAGGCUCUCGCGGUAUAUGACGGCUUUAGAGUCCCAUUUUUAUUGUUUAAACACUACAAACUUUUCCACCUGUUCUGCAUGGGAAAAUUGAGAUGCGAAAAUCUCAGUUUGCGUGACAAACGCAUUCAUGGGGUGUGAGAGCACGCCACUUGGCGAAGAGGUUGGUAUAUAAGUAUGUUGGUACCUUGAUUCUUAAAAAUGGCACUAUUGGGCUCUGUAUGCUUUCGUUUAUAGAAUUCUUAUCUGCAUUCUUUAUUUGCGUUGUACUGUACUUGAUUGUUCAAUAUGGGAAUCGAUGGAUCUGUCGACGGCCGAGUGCACAAUGAUACAAGCUCAGAGGAGGCGGGUCUUGCAGAGACACAGGUCGCUCAAGUGAAAAGAACAUGGUAUCGAUCAGUUCCAUUUCAGAUUGCAGUAGCAAGUGGUGUCUCUUUUACAGCACCAGGAAUGUGGGAUGCGCUGGGAGGACUAGGUGCUGGUGGUGCUGCUGAGCCAUAUGCCGUAUCUGCAGCCAACGCCCUGGUAUAUGGUCUCUUCUCCAUCGUCUGCGUUCUCGCAGGAGCAAUCAACAACCGCAUCGGCCUGAAAUACGCACUCGCACUCGGUGCCAUAGGCUAUCCACUCUACGGAGCCGGUCUUUACACCAACAAUGUCUAUCCCACAACAUGGUUUAUGUUACUCGGCAGUGCCAUCUGCGGCAUCUCAGCCGGCUUCUUCUGGGCCGCCGAAGCAGCCGUCAUUAUCGGAUAUCCCAGCCCUAAAGAACGAGCAUUCUACCUCGCCAUCUGGCAGACCGCCAAGGCAUCGGGCCCAAUCGUAGGCGGAGCCAUCAAUCUGGGUCUAAACGCAAAUCGAUCAACUGCUGGAUCAGUGGGAAGUUCGACUUACAUCGUCUUCAUUGUAAUCAUGUGUCUCGGCCUCCCCAUCGCGCUCCUGCUUAGCCCGGCUUCAAAGGUCUGGCGAAAGGACGGCACGAAAGUCCUGAUCAACAGACAGGAUACCUACGCCGCUGAGUUCAAGGCCCUGUGGAAACAACUCGCCUCCCGCCGGAUCUUGCUCCUGCUUCCAGCUUUCUUCAUCAGCUACUUUUACAACGGAUACAACAGCACGUUCUUGACCCAGCACUUCACUGUUCGAUCGCGGGCCUUCUCGUCAUUCUUCACUAAUUUCUCUGGAGUGUUCAGCUCUUUCUUGAUCGCUGCUCUCCUGGACAGACAGUCCAUCAAGAUCAAGACCCGAGCCAAGAUCGCUUUCACCUGCAUCAUCACCGUCUUGAUCGGGACAUGGAUUUGGGCUUCAAUCCUCCUCAAGCAAUUCAUGGAUGCACCUGAGAUGCCUGUAUUCGAUUGGUUCACCGGUGGAUUUGGGAAGUCAUAUGCCCUGGUUUUCUUCUGGGCAUUUGGUGGACAGGCUUUCCAGCAGUUCUUGUACUGGCUUGUGGGACAGUACUCGACUGAUAUCUCGUCGUUGUCGCACGUCACUGGUAUUCUGAGAGGGUUUGAAGCACUUGGUCAGACUGUCGCAUGGGCAAUGCAAACUGCUCCAAAUGCGAACGGAUUCGCGAGUAUUGGUGUAAACUUUGGGAUGACUGUUCUCUGUAUUUUCCCAACUUGGAUCGUGCUUUCGGAACUUGAGGGAAGUCAUGAGGUUCAGGAGGUUCUUGAUGAGCCUGUGAAAAAGGUGGUCGAUGACAGCAACUGAAGAGCUUGAAAUCAGCUACUCCAUUAACUGGUUAAUACAAUAAUAACUAAUUUAGACUCUGCC